AUGGCCCUAGGAGUUGCUGGAACAAUUCUGCUUGUGAUUUUUGUCACCAUUGUACUAUACUUGUUCUCAUGGUGGAGCAAGACAAGAGGAGGAAACUUGCCCCCUGGACCUGCCCCCAUACCCCUGCUGGGAAAUCUCCUGCAGAUUGAAUCUGGGGAAUUCCCAAAGUCUUUGAUGAAGUUGAGCCAGAUCCAUGGACCUAUCUUCACUGUAUACAUGGGGAACAUGCGUGUAGUCAUGCUUGUUGGCUUUGAUACCAUCAAGGAGGCUCUAGUAGACAAAGGGGACCUGUUUAUUGACAGAGGGAGCUUAGAAAUAUCCAAACUGUUUCUCAAAGAUUACGGGCUUAUCUUGAGCAAUGGCGAGCGUUGGAAAACAAUGCGCAGAUUCUCAGUCAUGACAUUGAGGAAUUUUGGAAUGGGGAAAAGGAGCAUAGAGGAGAGAAUCCAGGAAGAAGCUUUUUUUCUCGUAGACAGGUUCAGAAAGUGUCAAGAUGCUCCAUUUGACCCAACACACUUAUUGGGGUUGGUUGCUUCCAACAUCAUCUGCUCUAUAGUCUUUGGUGAGCGGUUUGACUAUGAAGAUGAGAGGUUUAUGUCCCUCCUGUCCUACAUUAGGGAGAUGUUUAAUUUGUUCGGUUCAACAAGUGGUCAGCUUCUUGCAUUGUUUCCAAAUAUACUUCGUGCCUUACCUGGCCCGCACCAGAAGAUAUUUGUAACAUUUGAAAAACUGAAAGAAUUUGUGUUGGGCAUGAUUAAAGAUCAUCAAGGUACCCUUGACAAGAACUUUCCAAGAGACCUCAUUGACUGCUUCCUCAUACACAUGGACGAGGAAAAGAAAAAUCACAACACUGAAUUUCACCAUCUAAAUUUAUUUGCAACGGUCAAUGACUUGUUCAUGGCUGGAACUGAGACCACAAGCACAACAUUGAGAUAUGGUUUUUUGGUUCUUCUCAAGUACCCUGAUAUACAAGAGAGGAUUCAAAGGGAGAUAGACCAUGUUAUUGGCCAAGAUCGAUGUCCUUCUGUUGAACAUAGAUAUAUGAUGCCAUAUACAGAAGCUGUGGUCCAUGAACUUCAGAGAUUUGCAGAUGUUGCACCUACUGGAGUUGCCCGUGCAACUGUUAAGGACAUAACCUUCAGAGGAUAUACCAUUCCAAAGGGCACUAUGGUGUUUCCAUUAUUAACAUCAGUCCUGAAGGAUCCCAAAUACUUCAAAAACCCUCAACAAUUUGACCCGGGUCAUUUUCUUGAUGAGAAUGGUAGAUUUAAGAAAAACGAUGCAUUUAUCCCAUUUUCAUUAGGUAAAAGAAUGUGUGCUGGGGAAGGUCUGGCACGUAUGGAGCUAUUUUUGUUCCUUACCUCUAUUCUACAGAAGUUCACCUUGAAACCCACAGUAGAUACAAACAAUAUUGAGAUCACACCAGAACCAAACACCAGUGCAACAAGACCUCGAACAUAUACAAUGCUUGUAGUCCCCCGAUAA